AUGGACCUUCUAUACGCGAAGGCCAUGGCUGGACUCUCGGAUCUGCGUCAAAAGCUCGACGAACAAGACAGAUUGAUCUCUAUUCUAGUGAAUGGCCAGGAAACAGUAACCCCAUCCACGAAUACCACUACGCAUGAAGGCGAUUCAGAGCUAGAUAUGGCUUCAGAUUUUGGAUCAACAUUCGAUAUAGCUUCAAGCGCUGGAUCUAGCGACCUAAGUGAUGAUGAAAUUCAACACGCGGUGCAACCUCCUCGGGAGAGAUUUCUCUCGACCUUCGCUGACUUGGCCCCUCGCUUACUGGGAGAGGUAGUAGCAGCCAUAGUCGAGUGGGCGGAAGCGGAGAGGCUGAUGGAAAUCGAGGAGGUGCUAUAUAUCGCAUCACUAGCACGUUGCAACUGCCAGGAUAUUACUGAACCAGUUCAGAAGUGCUGGGGUUGUGACUAUAACAUUUGUCAAAACUGUAACUUUGGCCUUAAUAUCAUCCAAGAAUGCGAAAAAGUGGACAGCACCAGGGAUGCUUCAUCAAAGGGCCAUCGGCGGGCCGAUACGCUUGCGGCAAGAAGGAUUAGAAGCUACUGUGGCGAUACGGCCUGUUGGGAAAACACGGAAGCAUGGAGAGAAUCCGGCAUCUGUGACUGCGCAGACAUGCUAUAUAAUCCUAAUAGCAAGCACAUCGGCCAAAUUUGCCAUUGCUGUUAUGACGGGCUGAUUAAAUGCCUUAUGCAAUGCAAUAUGCGGGCAAUACCCGAUUGGGCCCCGCGAAAUGGGGAGGAUAUAGAGCCGCCCAUGGAGUAUAUUUGCCACUGUGGCAAGCCAGGAUCAAUUUUAUAUACUCCGGAGAUCGUUGGGGGAGUCGCGCCUUAUGGCUCCGGCCAACGAUGGUGCAAGCUCCGUGGUAAGGUGUGCGCGGCAUACACCUUGAAUAAAAGCCCACCACAGGUUGCCAACCAUCGGUUGGUAAACUCAGGCAUAGAGGGGGUGCUUGGAGUUAUCAGGACCGAUGGGACCAGGUGGUGUGGUUCGGAGAACUCGUUCUCACCAUGGUUCUUCGUUGGACCAGGGCAAGCCCAGUGA